AUGGUGGAGAUCCUCUCGGCUCGUCCGCCUACACCUCCAAGGACAGCUUCACGAUUUGUUGACGAAAACCGAGCCGAGUCAGCUGUUCAAACCCCCAAGGAGUCGCCCUUCGCGGCAUUUGGGUCUGUUGAGGCUGUUCCCUCGAGCCGGAGCUCUAAACGUGUGAAUUUCUCGCCAUGGCCCAAGUACAUCAAGCCGCCGACGUUUACUAGUGCCUCAAAAUCGGUUCCUGAUCUCAAAUCCAACCCUCCGUCGACCGGUUCCAAACCCGCGAAAUCGAUCCUCAAGGCCACACAGUCCCCAAUUCCAGUUUGGUCACCCAAUGUCGAUACCUUCACCACAGAGUCACUCGCCAUGCUACUCGAAUCGGUCAUUCAACAACUCGCAGGCGAGUCACUGAGCUCGCGACUCGAUGCCUACAUGCAAUUUUUUGGAGCACUUCGGACAUAUGAUGGACUUCCCACAGGUCAAGAUAUUGCCGAGAAAUUAAAUCUUGUCACAGAGUUCAUUCAGCGUGAUGUCAAUCGAGACCUGGCGAACGGCGGACCUAUGGACACAAAUCUUGCCAACCAGGCUUUGAAGCUGUCGGCUGCGUUUGUCUGGCACGCCGAUAUCUCAACUCAGCUUUCAGAUGACUUCAAGACCUUUUUGGUGGAUCACUCCAUCAAUUGUCUUCACGAGGCCAAAGUUCCCAAAUCUGUGUUGUCUCACUAUAUGUCCAUUAUGUCUACCCAGAACUUCGGCCCCAAGAUCAUGACAAACGCUCGCAUCACACGUCUUCUUACAGUACUCCAGGACAUCACCAAAAGCAUUCCUGGCAACGCAAUUGUCUCCCAUCGAUUGAACAUAUACCAACGCCUCCUUAGCCAAGCCAAGUCAGGUUUCAUCACCCAGACACACUUGUGGAUCGAACACCUAAUAUUUGGUCUACUUCAUCAUUUGAAGGACACCAGGUCAAAGGCAAUUGCCCUUGGCUUUCAGAUAACCGCGGAAUCUGGCCCGAAUCCUAUAUUGUCGAAGAAUAUAAGGGAUCUUUUCGACCGGACACUCGAGCAUGACCGGAAACUAGUCACAGAGAUCCGCGAGCGUAUGACUCGAAUGAUGUCGUCUGUGGAGAGCGGCGUCCAUGUUCCUCAGAUUUGGAGCAUCAUCAUUUUACUGCUCAGGAGCAAAAGAUGGAACCUGGAACAGUGGGAUUAUUUUAAGGAAUGGGUUCUGGUACUGCAAAAAUGCUUCAACUGUAGCGAACCUGCCAUCAAAGCACAGGCAAUUGUCGGUUGGAAUCGAUUUAUCUUUGCUGUCGGUCCCAACGACACGACAAGUCGCUCAUUGCUCAAAAUGCUGGGCAAGCCAGUCCUCUCGCAAUUCGACCGCAAGAAGAGCGACAACUAUCACAACUUGUUAUACUACACUUUCCGCCCUUCGGCUUCCAACGAGCAUCUUGAUAUUAUAUGGGAGGAAUAUGUCCUUGCGCCUUCUUCGGGCAUCUUUUCGACUGUCCCCGCUCUCUCUGACUGUCUAUCUCGCAUCUUAACAAACCUGCUGUGGAGCACACAGGCUAAGAUUUGGAUCGAAGGUCGAAUCAACGACACUAACAAAAUUGAAGCCGAAGAACUUCCUGCAGCCGAUAGUCGUUGGGUGCGAUCAAGAAUCUCAACGAUUUUAAAUGUUUUUGAAAAUUUGUUCAAAUCCUCGGUUUGGGUUGACAAUGCAAUUGAAGAAUCACACAUUGCUAUGGCCUGGAUUAAUCUGUCCAGCGCCUUGUCGCUUGCCUCGAGCAAAGAAAUUACACCCUCCGGGGAAUCGAUGCAAGCUGUGGCCGCUGUCCUUGGCUUGUUGCAUCGUCUUUGGGCUGCCGGGCCAUCUUCUUUGAACGCUGUCGGGGAUGACAGCAUGAGCCUUUUCUUCGACAGGUUCCGCUUCCUAUCGACGACGAUGAUUGUUGCUCUUGGUGGGAUUCCAUUCACCGAGAAGCUUCUCUUAAGAAGUACAGAUGAAACAUUCCAGACUGCCACCACUCCAACACCUCGCCAUCCCAGUCCAGGCACCAAUCUAAAUAGCCCUAUUCUUCAUCUUCUCCGGACAAUCACCAGCAUUACAAAAACAGUAUCACCAACGCAAUCCUAUGCACGCCUGGUCAUGGGUACCAUCGAAGCUGCCUGUAAUAGCAGAAUCUCCCGCGGAUCUCGUCUUGAGCUUUUGCGACAGUGUGCAGAAUUAAGCACUGCAGAAACCAACAUUAUCCCACAAGCGCCCCAGUUGUCGGAAGUCGUCUGGAAAUCGGCUGCGCAAGCGGCUGCGAACGCCCUGCGAUCGUUCCCUAUCGAAUCCGCUCGUGAGCGCGACGGGUCUGUAUCCCGUGACUAUGAAAAUGCCAUCAGAAUCCUAUCGUUCGGUCUGGUUUUCACUACUGCCUUCCAAGACUGGUCUCAUUUGCUUGAUUCAUUCGUCCAUGUGGUUCGAACGGAAAAGGGAAACCAAGCAAUUGCCACCAUGAUUGUGGAGCCCAUGGCUGAACAACUCAUGCGUCUUCCAGCUGGUGAUACGUAUCUACCCUCGACCUCACUCUUCAGCCACUCUUUGUCCAUUCCGUUCCUGCAAGGCACUGGACUCGGUAUCGCACGUGAUGGAAUUCAGUCAGUCGGCCAUUCUCUCUUCCCUCAUAAACUCCUCGAGUCGAUUUCUCGUACUUUAUGUGGUGCAUAUGACCAUUUCGAGGCCCCUGGGGCACCCGGUCUUGCAGAAUUUAUCGAAGCCUUGACGUCCUUUUUGGGAUCUGGCAUUCCGCAAUUUCGGUCUCAGCUUCUCCAAAGUCUUGAGUCACCACUGAGUAUUUGGCUGGAAGACGAGUCAUACAAGAUUAACGUCAACCACGGUGUUGAUAGCAGGAUUAUAACUGCGUGUCGUGCCCUUUCUUCUGCAGCAGUCAACAUCAUACAAGCAUCAAUUACUGAUGAUCCUUUAUCCGUGGGCAAGUUCCAGGCGACAUUUUGCGCUGGUUUGAAGUCGUCGCACAAUUCAAUCAGCAAGAGGUUUGUUGAGCUCUGGCAUUUGAACUUUGACUUGCAGCCUACUGUCUGCCCGGGCGUUAUUCUGGAAGCUGUGUGGACUGCCGAAUCCGAGCUUCAGAGCAUCGUCCCGCAGUUAGAUGGUGAUCAGGACACUGAAAUGCUGCCUCCGCCUGCACCGGAAAGGAUUGAUCUGCAUAAAGGCCACCUUGGGACAAAUCAAGACACCCUUAAUUCAUCUCCUGUGAUACGGACACAGGACCCAACUGCUUCGAGUGGGGUGAAUGAGCCCCAAUUGCCCAACAACUUCCAACUUGGAGUUCCGGACACGGAGAUCUUUGAGCGUGCUUCUGUGGCCAAAAAGCGUCGAAAUCGUCGUGAAGUAUUUUCGAUGAUCGAAUCCAUCCAGUCCUCCUCGCCCGCCAACACUCCUCGGAGAUUAGGCUUCAACACUCCCCCUCAUUUGCGCCGGCUGCAGUCAUCUGAAUCAGCAUCCGAAACUCCAUUAACGCCCACUCUAGCGCCAACCGAGAAUGAAGAAGGAUUCAUUGGAUCAUCCCCCACGCCGGCGACACGGGAUCCAACGCCUGCCGUGAACUCCGACGCUCCUGUGCCUGCAGUCCAGGAAUCCAAUGCGACCCAGGGAACAGAUCCUCCAUCCUCUCCUCCUGAGAUCCAUUCUCGAAGCCCAAGUCCUUCAAAGAGUCGGAAGCCAUCACGAAGCGCGCGGCGAAGGGCUGCAAAGGCUGCAAAGGCUCUGGCAGGCACUUCAGGCAAACAAUCCACCGUCAAUAGUCCGGCUACUUCUCGACUUGCGACAGAGAAUAGCAACGAUACAUCAAUGGUUGGUUCUCAUGAUCAAGACAAGGAAAAUACCGACGCUACCCCUCGACCAAAUGCAACAACUCCCAGCAGACGUCUUCGAUCUGGAUUGAGUAAAGCAUCACCCACUUCUCAGGACCCUUCCCAUGCUGCACCACUUGAUCCUCACGAAACUCCUGUUCAAAAACCUUCUCGCAAGAGCAAAUCAAACUCGAGUUCCAAAAAGAAAAAGAAGCAAGGAAGUCCCCAGCCUGCGGCGGAAAAAAACCAAGAAACCACCGACCCGCCUCCUGACCCCAAUCUUCCCGAUGCCUUUAUGGACUCGAGUGAGGAAGUUGACACACAAAUCGCAUCUCAGCUUGAACAAGAUUUGGAGUUCGCUGUUGACAUGGAUGGCAAGCCUCAAAGCAAGCGCUCAGACACCUCUUCCCAGCAGUCAGCCGCAAGAAAGAGAAAGCGUGUUGAAGAAGAGCCUCCCGCAUCAAAGAGAAAUGAACGUCGUCGCUCAACGCGACUGACCACUGGAAAGGAUUCUGACGGUGUGGCAGAGGAGCUGGAUGAUUCUCGCUCCCAGGGAUCUACUGUUACUGAACAGGCUGAACCAGUCUCAUCUCCAACUGCCACUCGCCGAUCUACUCGGAAUUCUCAGCGCAAAGCCGAGGGAAAUUCUCCUGCAGAAUUUGUCCCUGCUCCUCAAAAAUCUGUUGCGGAGCAGCCACCAGAAGAUGCAGAGACCCCUAGGCCUUCUAAGCGGUCGCGCAAAUCACUCCGCCUCGAGGACCAGGCUCCCUCCUCUGCUGUGGGACUGGGUGUUUCCCGCGAUGUCAUUUCCGAUAAACACAUACGCAAGACGCGGUCUCGGCAAAAUGUAUCUCAGCCUGCUGCAGUUUCUUCCGAAGUAUCGGGCCACGUUCAAAUCCAGAAUGGUGAUCAAGACAUGGUUCCUGAGAGCAUUGUGGCUGAAGACCAAGCUGUAGAACACAGCACCGGUCUUGUUUCUACCGAGGAGGCAACAGACACUCAAAUGAGUGAAGCUGGCCAAACUAUUGAGCCUGCUCCAACCGUCACCAAAAUGGAAAUGAAUGACGCGAUCCCCCACCAGCAACCCAAGCAAACUACCAGUCUUGCCACUCCGGAUACCCAAACAGAGAACACACCCACUGAGCCUCAAACACAUAUCAGGGAAGCAAACAUCACCCAGUCUCUGAAGACCCUCUUAGGAGAUAUGAAACUGGCAACCCUAGACCCCAGUGCCAUCCGCGAGGUCGAUGAUCUCCUCUUCCACAUCCGUGUCGAAUCACUUCGUGCAUUAGAUCGACACAACUCUUCAGCAUAG